AGGGCACCAGCGGAUUUGAUAGCUAAAGCUAGCGGCUAAAAGCUGACCUAAAUCAAAAAUAAGCUUAGUGUGGGUCAGACAUGCACUCAAACACCACGCGGGGGUUCUUGUGGUCGGACGUGGAGACGAGGACCUUGUUGAACAUCUGGGGGGAGCAGGACAUCCAGACAGCGCUGGAUGGGAGCUUUCGGAACAGUUUCGUUUAUCGCGACGUAGCGUGUAGACUGGCGGCGAUGGGUUUUGACAGGACCCCGGAGCAAUGCAGGGUACGGAUUAAAAGCCUCAAGAGGCAAUUUUUACUGGCUAAAGAGGGCAACUUACGCAACAGUGGACAGUAUCACAAAAUCUGUAAAUUCUAUGACAUUAUGGAAGGCAUCCUGAGCAAUCGUCCAACUUCAAACCCACCAGACAUGUUAGAAUUUGGACCCGGAGAAGAGGAAGCUGGGGAUGGGCUCGAUGAAGAGGGAGAGGAUGCUCAAGAAUCUGAAAAUACUGAGGACUCUCAUUGUCCUCCUGAGACUCAAGUCAAGUUGGAGUAUGGCAGCACACCAAGCCCUGUUCCUGUUAAAGUAAUAGUGAACAGAAGUAGUGCCACUGUAAAUCCUCAGUCUAGCAGUCAUAGAGGAAACACUUUGCCUGCUCGAACACCCAAGCGACCCCGGAGACGCCGAACUAACUUUCCCCUGGAGAAACUUCUGGAACAGUUUCUGGAGCAGAGUGCCCAGGCAGAGGAGAACUUCUAUCGAGUGGAGGAGCAGCGUUUAAAGGCAGAAGAUUGCAGGAGAGAGGCUGAACAUGGCCGAGAGAUGCACAUGUUCCAGAUGUUGGGACAGAUGUUUACCAGUAUCUCCUCAACCAGACCAUGUUCUUCUUCCACUCCUGCUACAUGUACAGACAAUCAGCCUAGUCAUAUCAGAGGCACUUCAACACAAGGGGAGUCUUUCAGGCCGCACAAUCCAAACCAAGAUUUACAGCAUUUAGGAGUGUUUGAGCGUUUCUACAGUUUAAGCUCUAAAUCCCACCACAGAAUGGAUGAUGACAUUCUUGCACUGGUUAAAAGAACAAUCCCUCCACUAACAUCCAAGAAGCAUAAAGGACAAGAUGGACGGAUUGGAAUCAUCGGAGGAUGCCAAGAGUACACUGGAGCACCUUAUUUUGCUGCAAUUUCUGCACUGAAAGCGGGGGCUGAUUUGGCCCAUGUGUUUUGCACUAAAGAGGCUGCACCAGUCAUUAAAUCAUACAGCCCUGAAUUGAUUGUUCACCCAGUCUUAGACCGUUCAAAUGCCUUAGAAGAAAUAGAAAAAUGGCUUCCAAGGCUACACAGUGUUGUGGUGGGACCAGGCCUUGGGAGAGAUGAUCAUAUACUUCAAACAGCUAAGGAAAUCAUAAUUAAGUCAAAAACUAGAGACAUUCCUAUCGUCAUAGAUGCAGAUGGAUUGUGGCUAAUUACACAGCAGCCAUCUAUUAUCCAAGGUUAUCAGAAGAGCAUCCUUACACCGAACAUUAUGGAGUUUACUAGACUGUACGAUGUGUUGGUGCAUGGAUCUAUGAACACCAGUGACCUCAAAUUCAGUGUCACACAGUUAAGCAUCGCAAUGGGGAACCUCACUGUAGUGUUAAAAGGAGAACAUGAUCUGAUUACAGAUGGAAGCAAAGUUAUUUCCUGCAGCACUGAAGGAAGUGGCCGGCGUUGCGGUGGACAAGGUGAUCUUCUUUCUGGAUCUAUGGGAGUGAUGGCACAUUGGGCCCAUAGUGCUUCCGUUGCUGAAAUCUUUAGAGGUAUGAAUCCAUCAGUGGUUGCAGCAUAUGGGGCUUGUUCUCUUACCAGACAGUGCAACAAUCAAGCAUUUCAGAGAAAUGGCAGAUCUACCACUACAUCAGAUAUGAUUCAGGAGAUCGGCUCUGCUUUCAAAAAGUUAUUUGAAAGUUAAAAAGUAACGUAAAUAAAGUUUGGGUUAUUCUAUUA